AUGCAUCAAUUUCAAAGGGUAUGCGUCUGGAAGCAAUUGGAAAAUGGACGCCGAUUUCAGAUGAGAUUGAUUGUCAAUCAGCCGAUGUUUUCAUCCUAUAUCUACUCCACAAACAAAUGGGUCAGGCAGUACUCAAGAGCACAAAAUGUCCCUUGCGAUAUUCCAGCGAGCCAACUGGAGUCCAAAACCCAUCCACUAGGUUGGGAAACAAUUCAAACUCAGGUUGAGCCUUAUUUCAGUAACAAUUGGGAGUUUGCCAGCGACAAGGAGAAAAAGGGGUUCCUUAGUCUUGGAUUAUCCCGCGCCUUUAGUCACUUUUUCCCAUUGACGCUAGAUGAUCGCAUCAAUGUGACAUGCAAGAUGCUUUACUUGUCUUUACUCAUUGAUGACCAACUUGAAGAAAUGAGUUUUACACAGAUGCUGUCAUAUCAAGACCGGGUCAUGAAAGUUGCCCUCGGAACAGCAAGACCCGAUAAAAGUAUCUGUCUUGAAUGGAUGCUGCAUGAUACUGUCAUGGCCAUGCGAAGUAUGGACGAGGUUUUGGCAAAUGAUGUUGCCCAGGGAUUUUGUCAACUUCUGCAGGCCCAGACAUCUCAGGAGAGGACCACAAUCAAAACUCUCGGAUCCUAUCUCAAAUUCAGGGAAAUAGAUGUGGGAAGACCACUCUACACAGCUCUCAUUAGAUUCGGUGCCAAGCUCUAUUUCACUUCCGCUGAACUCAAAAAGACCGCCACCUUGGAAAGCAUCGCUUUUCGGCACUUCAGCGUUAUAAAUGAUAUCUAUAGCUGGGAGCGGGAAUGGAGAAUAUACCAGGCGAACCCAACCGAUGGUGCGCAGCCGUUCUCUGCCAUCUACAUUCUAGCCAACGAGACAGGACUGUCGUAUACAGCUUGCAAGAGGCUAAUGUAUAGCUACUGUCGGGAAUUGGAGCUCACUCUCAAGCAAUCCCACGAUGAAAUUCGCCACAAUAGUACGGAAGGCUUGACACACGAGCUGGAGAUGUACAGCAAAGGUCUGGGAUAUUUCAUGUGUGGUGUUGAACUGUGGAGUCAGUGGACUCCACGAUAUCGACAAUAA